CCAAACACCGCCUUAUCUUAGGAUAAGUAUUUCUUAAUGACACAUACAGUUAGUUAUACAGAUUAAGGUGUCAGUCGAGAAUUUAAACACUUUAUAUAUCAAAUUGUUCAGGUGGAAAAUAUCUUUAAGAUAAUUAUACAGUUCUGAAACGAUAUUAUGUAACUCUCAUAGCAGAAAAACGAAAUCAGUGUUUACAUGCACCUGAUAUUUCAAACGUGUGUCAGUGUGUAUACACGACUUCAAGCUGGGAAUUUAAACGAAAGCGCACAUAACAUUGAAUGGCAAAGGAUUUAAAAGCAUGAAGUCCUUAAGUCAUUUAUUUCAUACAAAACCAUCGAUUUGGAAUAACUAUGAAUAUAUUUAAAAUUUAAGUGAAAAUCCUUCAUUCAUUAUUCGAAACUACAUUGGAUUUAUAAAAGGAAAGAUGAGAUUUCUCCCCGUAUUAUGUGCAUUUGUCUCUGUGCAGGCGAGUUUUUAUGACUACAAAUACGGCGACGGCUACGUCAGCGACGGCGAAAAACCGACGGCAUGGCAAGGAACUUUAUUGAGUGGACGAAUGAGUCAGCCAAAAUGUAUAGAUAUUCCGAGGAAUUUAACAUUAUGUCAAAAUAUUGGAUACGACCAAAUGAGGCUCCCAAAUCUACUAGACCAUGAUUCCAUUAAUGAGGUUAUUCAACAGUCCAGAUCUUGGAUAUCGCUAUUAGGAGUACAUUGUCAUCCCGACACCAAAUUAUUUUUAUGUUCCCUGUUUUCCCCUGUCUGUUUGGAGAGAGAUAGGGAGAUUUAUCCCUGUCGGUCAUUAUGUGAAAGUGUGCGCGAUGGUUGUGAGACUAUAAUGAAGGCUUAUUCAUAUAAAUGGCCGGAUAUGGUACGGUGUGACAAAUUUCCGGACGAUACGGAAAUGUGUAUUCCAGGCCAAUCGACGGCGAUGCCCCCAAGUAGGUAUAACAAACCACAAAACCUUUGUUCAGCCUGUAACCAAAUUAAUACAUUCGAGAGCCUCAUUCACAACUACUGUCGUUCUACUGUUGUAAUUAAAGUGAAACUGAAGAAAGCAAGUAUGAGAAAAGGUAAUCUCGUGGUGUACAUUAAAAAGAAGAAGAAGAUGAUCAAAGGAAAUUUAUCGAAAAAGGAAAAGAGGAAGUUAACCCCUAUCAUUGAAGAUGGCGCUUCGUGCGAUUGUGCAUAUUUAAGUUCAAAUAGUACUUCAAAAAAGAGUUUUAUAAUAAUGGGAAAUAUGACCGACGAAGGAGAACUUUCACUUAUAUUUAUGUCAACUUGGGAAAGAAACAAGGGGUUCCGAAGAGCUAUUCGAAUGAUGAAAAAGGGUUUAUCAUGUGACAGUGACAUCAUUGCGAUAUCAGAUGGCUCGAAAACAGACAGUUCGUCUGGUGGGGGUAAGAAAAAGGGAAAAGAUAAAAAGAAAGGAAAAGGACGGAAACGUAAAAAUAAAGGACGAAAAAAAAACAAAAAGAAAAAUAGAGGAAAGAAAAAUAAAAACAAAAAAAGUAAAAAAGACAAUAAUGUGGCAAAUCCUUGAUCUCAGUUUGUGCUUAGAAAUGAUGACUGUCUUUCAAUUGAAUUUGCAUCCUCCAGAGUCAGGAGUUCCAGUCCAUGAUCGCACCCACACAACUCACUCGUCUAACUUUGGCAGAUUCCGUACUCGAUCUUUAAAAGGAGUGCACCGGAAUAACCCGAUGUUAACUGAUUGCCUCACAACACUGGAACAAAACGUUCCGAAAAAUUACCCGCUCACUUGUUUGCAUAAAUAUGUUUGCACAGCGAUUAUCUAAAAUCAAAAGAACAGCAUGACGAGGGGUCGAUCUUGGCCUCUGAAACCCUUAUUUUGGAGGAUGGAUUGGUCGUUAAUCUGUGAUAGUUUCAAAGAGAUGUACAUGUAUCACGUGACAUGUAUAUAUAUCUUUACAAUGCCAUGAAUAGGAAGUCAGGACUGGGAAUAUAUAUAAUUAUAUAUAUCUUCUUAGCAUCCGUUUUAAACACAUCUGACGGACAUUUUUGUUUUGUGUGUUGUUUAAAUGUUAAACACAUGUUUAAUUUGUUAAUCUGAAACUUUAUUUUCCAUGACUUGUUGUUUAUAUAUAUUUUGGUAUUAAUUGUCUUAUAUCAAUAUGAAUUGAUUGUAAAUAAUCUCUUAUCAACUUCGACGUAUUGAUAUAUUAUGUGUUUAAUAUGUUUCAAUCAUAUGUGCUUAUUUUGUGUUUAGCCACAUGUUUAAGUUGUACAGUUUGUUUUAAUAACACUGUUUAAUGAUAUAUCUGUAAUUUGAAUUGAGAAAAAUAGUGCGAAUGAAUUCGAUUAUCUCGGCUUUUACAACAUUAGUUCAACAAAAAGAACAACUGAAAAGAAAUUAGAUAAGACAUUUACUAUUUGAACAGGGAGGGGACUAAUGGUUAUUGAGAACUCCAAUGAGCAUCUAGGACGGGAUUUGUACUUCUUUUAAAUAAGAGACAUAUAUUUGACAUCACAAAAUCUAUUCUUAGUUGUUAUUUUUUUUUCAUUUUUGGAAGAAAAAAAUAACAGAUAUUUAUUUUAUAAAUGAGAACUAAUUCACUGGGCCGAAUUUUGGCGACUAAAAUUACACUUUAUUGAAAUUUUAAUAUUACAUUUUUAAAAAGAAAUUUUAUACUAAUAUUCUCACCAUAAACGUAAGUUAUUGUGUUUGAAAUACAUUAUUGUCCUAUUAACCAUAAUGCAUCAUUUGUCGCGAUUUUCCGCGCUUACCACAAGGAAUUUUUAAUAUGUGGCAUUUUUCAUAUAUUAUACUUUAAAGACAGAGAUUUGAUUCAUAAAAUGAGAAGUCUAGACCUUUCUUCCGAUUAAAUUUCUACGUUUCUUAUUAUCUGAAUACACUGGUGAUAUUUCAAUUAGUGAGAGCAUUUGGGGUUAUAAUGAGCCAAACGUAACUUACAAAUUGGCAAUCAGUGUAAUCUGGUUCCUCGUACUGGUUGCAACAUUUGUGAUGGUAAUUUGAUUUCACGCCCGGUAAUCAAAGAAAUAAAUGAAUUUUCCAUUUGCUUGAUGUAGGUAACUUAGGAAUUAAUGCACCGAAAGGAACUGUAUAUAAUUGGUUCUUUGUCGAUUUAACAUGUCAGUUAGGUAUUCCAUAGAUCAAACACGAUUAUUAUAAAUUUAUAAGAAACUAAUUAGCCUUUUUAUCAAUAAAGUUUUGGAUACGA